AUGUCUGGUUCCGGCGGGAAACACAGGGGAGACCUGCUAAUCAAAGUAGAGCUUCUCCAGAUGGAUUCACACAUGGAUCAUACAGAAAUUCCGGUGAUCGAAACCGACGAGCCUCUAUUUGAUGUUCUUCCCAAGCUAUUCAACUUCAUUAGCAUGGCGGUAGGUGAAAUGGCCUACACAUUCGAGCAAAUGCUGUACGGAUCCCAAGGACACCGUCUUAGACAGUUGGUCCACGCUUUAGCAGAGGAUACUCAUAAUCCCUACAUCAUUGUUGCACUGAUGAUUUUGAAAUGGGACUUCACCACUGCCACCGAAGAUGACUGGGGACUCAAUGAGAGCCGUGGUGCAGCAUGCGAGUUUGUUGCCUGGCAGUUCCUGUGUCAUCUGAACCAGCGCGAGACCAUUGAGUUUCUAUUGGAAGAGCUACCAUCACCGCGACGCGGGUCGGCAAAUACAGUUGAAUUUGAAGGAGGGAACCCUGGCCUGGCAUCCAUCCAAAGUGACGCAAGCCAGGUGGUAAGUGAGACUACUCCUCUCUUGUCAAAUUCCUCUUCUUUCUAUCGUCUUUUUGGCGGCAAGAGGGCCGUGGAGACUCAGUUACCUGGAACCUCACAAGAUACACACCGACACGAGGAGAUCUAUGCUGCCCAGCGAUACUCCCAAUUUUUUGGAUUGAAUGCACUGGAGAUUGCAACAAUUGCCCAUGCAAAGAGAUUUCUGAGCCAACGAGUUGUUCAAAGAGUGGUCGAUGGUAUUUGGAAGGGCGAAAUCGUUUUCUGGGAUUCUCUGACAGUCAACUCAACAAAAAAGCCUCAUAUUUUCAACAAUAGAACGGCUGAUCCAUAUUCGCGCCUGAGAGUACCUCUGUACCGGAAGAUCUUUGAAGCAGCAUUUUUCAUGUCUUUCCUCUUUCUCUACUACGCAGUCCUGGUAGAGAGGAGACAAGAUGCCAUUGGCCUCUUUGAAGCGGUGAUGUAUGUAUGGAUCGUCGCUUUUGCGUACGAUGAAUUGAGUGGAAUCAUUGAUGCGGGGGUCGUUUUCUACCAAAUGGGGUUCUGGAGUCUCUGGAACCUGAGCAUAAUUGGUGUUGGAAUGGCAUUUGUCAUAACAAGGGUAAUCGGGCUGGCGAAGGGCGACAAACCCAUUAUUGAGCUCUCAUUCGACAUUCUGUCCCUUGAGGCUCUAUUUCUUGUUCCAAGGAUCUGUUCUCUUGUGAGCUUGAAUUCCUACUUCGGCAGUUUAGUUUCUUCCGGUGGUGGUAGUAUUAUCUCCCCAAUCUUCGGCUAUGGCUUGAUGCUUACGUUCGCCCUGAUGACCAAUACUCUCAUUCUUUCAUCCUUGAUCAGUUUGAUGAGUAUGAGCCUUGAAGGGGUGAUGCGCCAUGCCAGAGAAGAAUAUCUUUUUCAGUUGGCCAUUUAUGUUCUAGAAAGCAGCAAUUCUCGACGACUAACAUACUUCAUGCCACCCCUGAAUCUUAUUCCCCUCCUUUGUAUCCGCCCCAUGCGGCUUUUCCUCUCUGCUGGAACAGUUCGCCGCGUGCGCAUUAUCUUACUCCGAGCCACUCACCUCCCAUUUGUUGCAAUGAUAUGGGCAUAUGAGUCUAAAUGGCAAUCAAAACACAGUCAAAGUCCGGCACACAGUCAAGGCCCUGACCGUGUCCGGUGCCAGGACCCACAUAUAAUUGGAACAAAUGGGCUCUCUAGAAAAGCCAGUACGGAUCAAGCCGCGCGUGAGCUAGUCGGAGUACAACUGGCGGAUCUGAUCAACACGGUAGAACGACUACGAGCUCAAGUGGAGGCAAUUUCCAAGUGA